AUGGUCACUGACACAAAGCCAUUCCGCUUCCUCGACCUACCUGCAGAAAUCCGCAAGAUGGUCUACGAAGAGCUCUUCACCGGCUUUCGCCUCAUCAUCGCUCCGCCAGGGUCCCGACACAAGCUUAGCCGUCGACGCAGGCCUAAGCCUAUGGUCCCCGAAUCCGUGGGCAGCACACUGCCCUCACUGCUGCUCGCUUGCAAGCUGUUGAGAGCGGAAUCUCUGCUGGUCUUCGCCAAAUCGCUUAGCCCGGAGUUCUACAACUGCGAUGCCGACGAAUCUGCCCGAUACCAGGUUCCAGCACAUUACCUAUCCGAGGCACGAUCUGUUCUCAGUGGUGGUCCGUUUCACGGCUGUUGCAAGCCACUCAAUCUCGCGAACUUCCCGAAACUCGAAGAAGUAUGCUAUCGAAUUGAGUGUGGCCUAUUUACGUCCCUAAAUUUCAGGACAAACGUCGAGAGCCUCAAAAGUAAUCUGAUUGGUCCUUCGGACACCGAGAUCAGAAGGCUCCUCGCGGAAUUUGAGGCCCAGGCAAGUAGGACAGCGACAGUGGUAGCUUCUCCUCUGAAAAUCUUGCUCUUGUGCACUGCGUACUACUAUGACUGGGACUGGGAUGAGGCAGAAGACAAUCCUGCAUACUCCCGAAACUUCACCAUCGACUACCGAACUCGACAAGUAGUUGAUUGCGAGGCUGUGAAGGACGUGCCAGGGUAUAGCAAAACUGUCUAUUUCGAAGAUACAUAG